AUGGCUUUGAUGGUGACUGCUCCUCCGUCGCGUUUCAGGCCGCCUCCAGAUCCGCCGCCGCGUAAGUCACCUCCGCUUGAAGCUCCCUCUCCCAUCGAUCCACCGGAACCGCCAGACCCUCCUGACGUUUCCUUUCUCCUCGCUCUUCCUCGAAGCCCCAGCUUUUCCUCCUGUCCGUCUCUCCAAGCUCUUACCCGAAUCUUAGAUCUAAAGCUUCCUCUUCCAUGGAUGGUUUCUAAGAUAAGUGGUGGUGAUGUUCCGCUUGUGUCUACCGGUGAUAGUACUUUCGUCUACAGGCGGUUGCUCUGUUCGGUAUGCAAGUCGUCUUCAUGUCGACACAUGGACUGGUCUUCCAUCAGCUCCUGUUCCGACUUAUCUUUCCUCCCUUUUAAGGGUUUCCAGGUUCACUUCAGCUCGUCAAUUUCCGCUUUUUGCUCUUCUGUUGAAUGGGAUAUAAAGCUAUUUGUCUGUGUGAGUUUGGAAUUGAGGACCAUAGCUUUAGCCGAUGAUGUACUUAUGGACUUAACUUCUGUUGGUUCUACCUUUGUGCUCUUUGGUGGUCCUUUUGUCGCCUCAAUGCGAUCUCUUACUGCUGUGUGCAGUUCUCUUACUGCUGUGUGCAGUUCCCUUCCUGCUGUGUGCAGUUCCCUUACUGCUGUAUGCAGUCCUCUUUCGUUGAGAGAGAAAUUCAUUGAUAAAGUUAGCUGGAUGAAUAUGAUUAUGGCGGAUUCAGAUUAUCCGUUUGUCUCCUGUUUGGAGCAGUCUCUUUUCCCAAUAUUUCCUCAUGUAUGGAGUGAAUUGGAUGAACAAGUGUCGUUGGUAUUGCAAGGAUCUUCCUCCCAGCGAGUACUCUCCUCUGCGUUUGGUGCACUUUGUAUCCUCCUCUGA